AUGGUAGAUGCAGUUGUUUCAUUUGCCGUGGAGAGAUUAGGUGAUGCACUCAUUCGUGAAACACUUUUCUCACUUUGUGUGCGACGUAAAGUUGAUGGAUUGCGUGAUGAGUUAGUAAGGAUGCGGUGUUUCUUAAAAGAAGCAGAUACCCUGGAACGACAUGAAGAUGAGCGUGUUCGCCAUUGGAUAGCAGAAAUCAGAAACAUCGCUUAUGAUGCCGAAGAUGUUCUCGACACCUUUAUAGUUAACACCCGACAAAAUGAAAGAAGCCACAAUUUCAUUAUUAGGAAGGCUUUGAAGAUUAAAAACUUACAGCAUAUGUACAAGGUUGGGAAGGAGAUCCACGCUAUCCACACCAGACUCAAAGUUAUCUCGGGGAGCAGAGUCACAUAUGGUAUAAAAAACAUAGGUGAUAAAGAAACUAAAGAAAACCAAAGGAUGCGACAUCCAUUAAGAAAUCAUUACCCACAUGUUGAGGAUGAUGAUAUCAUCGGCUUGGAGGAGCAUACAAAAACAUUGGUGACCGAGUUGAUGAAAGACGAAACCCGACUCUGCGUAAUAUCUAUUGUUGGCGUUGGAGGUCUGGGGAAAACCACCCUGGCCAAGAAAAUAUACAGGCAUCAUACUAUUAAGAAUCAUUUUGAUUGUUGCGCUUGGAGUUCUAUUUCGCAACAGUUCAAUGCAAGAGAUGUUUUAAUAGAAAUUAUGAAAAAGGCUACAACACCAACUGAUGAUGAACUGAAGAUGAUCAAAGAAAUGAACGAGGGAGAUCUGGUAGAAACAAUAUACAACUACUUUGAAGGAAAGCGAUAUAUGGUGGUUCUGGAUGAUGUAUGGAGUUCGGAUGAUUGGAAUACUCUAAGCCCCGCCUUUCCGAGUGGGAAGAUAGGGAGUAAAGUAGUUCUAACUACUCGAAACAGAGAUGUAGCUUCACAAGCAGAUCCAUGGAGCCUGCACUUUGAACCUCAACUAUUAACUGAAGAAAAUAGUUGGGAAUUACUUCGUGCAAAAGCAUUUCCGAGGAGGAAUACAGAUGAUAAAUGCUACUCAUCAGGUCUUGAGAAGUUAGGGAGGGAGAUGGCGCGUAAAUGUGCAGGUCUGCCUUUGGCGAUAUGUGUUCUGGGAGGGUUAUUAGCAACGAAGAAGUCAGGCAUUAAAGAAUGGGAAUUUGUUCAUAAAGACGUUACUGCGCACCUUAAUAAAGGAAAAAACCGAGGUGUGUCGGGGAUAUUAGCAUUGAGCUACAACGAUUUGCCAUUUCACUUGAAGCCAUGUUUUCUCUAUCUCGGUCUUUUCCCACAAGACUAUGCAAUUCCAUUAAAAAAAUUGAUCCAAUUGUGGGUUGCAGAGGGAUUCAUACAGCAUACACAAGAAAAUUUACUAGUAACGAUGGAAGACAUAGGGAAGCACCAAUACUUGGCAGAGUUGGUGCAAAGGUGCAUGGUUCAAGCCGGAAAGGAUUUUUCUCUCGGGGAGGGUAGGUUUAAAACAUGUCGAGUACAUGAUCUUCUACGAGACCUUUGUUUGUCCAAGGCCAAGGAGACGAAUUUCCUUGAUACUUACGAUCAACAACAUCGCUGUGGUGACAUAACAUCACAUUCUUUAUGCACUGUAACGCAUAAAAGAUUGCGCAAGUAUGCUAUCCACCUUGAUGAGGACACUGCUUCAAAGAGGUAUAACGACUUCUAUUUCCUUAAUUCAGAUUGCGCGCUCCGUACUCUUGUCGUUAACAAUCCUAAGGAUUUGCCUUUAGCUUCAUUAAAUUACCAAAACAUCACUCUGCUUAGGGUCUUAGAUCUUGAGGAUGUGACAGAAUUUGAAACUAAUAUAAUAGAAAAGGUUUCCAAAUUAGUUCAUUUAAGGUAUCUAGCGUUAGGGGGUCAACCUGACACACCAAUUUCAUCUUCUAUAGGCAAUUUACGAAACCUAGAAACCCUUAAGUUAAUUUAUUUCGAGGGAUGCUUGCCAAAGACGUUAACAAGGCUGGUAAAGUUAAGACACCUGCAGAUAUUCCGAGGUGAAGUGGAUGACAAGUUUCAAGUUGAGAAGUUGAUAAAUCUCCAAACUCUAGGAUGGAUACAUGCUGGAAAAUGGAUAAGAAAAGGUGGUCUUGGAAAGCUUUUCAAUCUUCGACAAUUGAGUGUUGAAUAUACCUCAAGAUUGCAAACUGAUGUAAUUCUAAAGGAGGUUGCUGGCAAGGACCAGUAUCAUAACCCCAUUAGAUCCUUGGCACUCCAUAGUACAGAUGUUUUUCCUAACUUCAUAUUCGAUUCACUUUCUUGUUGCCACGACCUCCACAACCUGAGGUUGAUAGGUGGACUAGACGGUCUUAACCUCCACAGGUACCCGCCAAAUAUCAGUAAGAUAUACUUGAGCCAAAGCAGGUUGGAGCAAGACCCGAUGGAAAGUCUUCAGUACCUCCCAAACCUAAGGUUUUUAUGGUUGGAUAAGGCAUACCAAGGGGAGGAAAUGGCAUGUUCUACAACUGGGUUCCGCCAGCUCCAACAUUUAGUCUUAAUUUCACUUGAGCAACUACAGAAUUGGAGAGUUGACCAAGGUGGUAUGGUACGUCUAAAGCAGUUAUAUAUAUCUAAUUGUGUAAAACUGAGUAUGCUUCCGGAAGGUUUGAGGUUCAUCACAACCCUACAAGAAAUGAAGAUAUCUUCAAUGCCAUCGGAAUUCAAAGACAGGGUCGUAAGAGAAAACGGAGAGGACUGGUAUAAAGUCCUACAUGUCCCUUCAAUCCAAGUUCUGUAG